CUCGUGGAUUUCAGUCGGAUCCGAUCGCCAUCUGAUUCGCGUCGAUGAUCAAUGGCACACCCAUGUCCAAGAUGGCGUCGCUCGUUGACAAUUACGAGCAGCAGUACGCCGUUCUGACAGCUGACAUCACCGCGAAAAUCGGCCGGAUAAGGGUUCAGAGCGGCGGUGAGAAAAGGGCCUUCAUCCAGGAUGUGGACCGGCAGAUUGAAGAGGCGCAAGAGCUGUUGGAGCAAAUGGAAUUGGAGGUUCGUGGGAUGAGUGGAACAGCUCGCGAUCGUUUACGCGGUCGCGUGGAGAGUCACAGGGCAGAGUUGAAACGCUUAACGCAAGAAUUCCAAGUAGCGAAGAAACCAAAGGAGGAUGUCACAGAGAUCACAGUAGAGGAGCCUUGGGACAAUAAUGUAACGGAAGACCAAAGGAAAAGACUAUUAGAUGCAUCCGAAAGAAUAGAACGAUCGGGACGAACGUUACAAAAUGGUUAUCGUAUGGCGCUAGAAACAGAGGAGAUCGGCUCUCAGGUGCUGAAGGAGCUUCACGAACAGCGAGAAACGAUACAACGAAGCAGAGGGAGGUUACGUGAAACGGAUGCGGAAUUGGGACGAGGGUCUCGGUUGUUAUCAGGAAUGAUCUUUCGGAGCCUUCAGCAGAGAGUUAUCUUGGCAGGAGUAGCGUUAGUACUUAUAAUUGUCGCGUGCAUUGUGAUAUACUAUAGUUUUAAGAGUUAAAGAAUAGACAUUAUCUUCGGCCAGAGCCACCAAAUGUGGUUUGGAAGUCGUAUUUAUUAUCAGACUUUAAAAUGUUAUUUCUAUCAAAUUGCGAAGUAAUUCUGUAUUGUAUCGUCUAUCCAAUCUUCGAACUUGUUUGUCACAUUUUGCCUCGAGACACAGUCUUCGCUGUAUGUCUACUAUUUUCUCAUCAAAUUGAUCAGUUCAGUGAUUGAUGAUCUCUUAUUUAAAGCCAAUAUGCCAACAAGACUCAAGCGAGCAAGCAAAACCGGCAGAAUGUUACUAAACAAGAACAAAAGAUUCCGUGCAGUGUUAUAUAAAAAGUCUUGUAUAAAAAAAUAUUGACCCAUUCUCGUAAAGGUAAAUUUUAAGACGGUUUCACGAUUCUUUUCCAUUUCCGCGAAUUUAAUUAGUAUUAACUGAACUAGUGAACGCGAUGUAUCAAAUGCGAUUAUUUUCAUGCACGAUGGAAAGAAUCGUAAAACCGCUUGAAUAUUGUUAUCCGAGCAAAAUCCGGAAUCGUAAUAAAUAGUUAACAUUGCCCUGCGUUCGAGUUUCUAAAGAUAUUCCGAACCACAAAAUAUAUUCAACAAGAAAUGUAUUUAUUAAUAUUCAAGGUAUUCAACGUUGUUGUACGCGCCAAAUUAUCGGGCACGUUGAAAUAUUACCUCUUCAUGUUCGAGUUAACUAUGUAAUUGUUGUGAUUUUGACCUGAAUCGUAAUCGGGUAAGUUCACUGCGAUGGACUCUAUCAGUUAAAAAUGCAUUCUAUAACUUUGUCUCUUACAUGAGAAUAACAACAGUCACUGUGUACAUUACUGAGGUAUGCGUGGGUUUAAGGAUCGAAUUGUAAAUACAAUCCAUCACCGAAAGUAUCAAAGGAUGCUUGUAAUUGAGAAAAAGAGAGAAAUUAGACGCGCCUAAUAAUAAUUUCUUUUAUUACAUGUUAUAUUAUCAUUUAAUUAGCCUAAACGGUGCUUUUUCUUUUGUCUCUGCGUCCCUAAUAUGUACCUGUGAAAAUGAUAAUAUAAUAAAAGUAUCGAGGG